AUGGCAGGUCAUUAUUUGCAUACACUAGACGAAUACUUUGCGAAUGUAAAAAAUAAAGGCGGUUUAGAAUGGAUUAUAAUUAACCAUAGAAUAUCAAGAUGGGACUUUGUUGUUUUCCUUUUCCUUUUUGUUUUCGUAACUAUAUUAAGAUUUUUAAUCGCAGGAAUAUAUACCGAUUUGAUCGGAGAGAAUAAUAUCCUUUAUAGCAUGUCGAGAAAAUCGUUAUUAGAUCGAAUAAAUAAAAAAUGGGACAUUGCAAAAGAUGGAUGUAUAUACAAAUGGAAGGAGAAUUGUUGGUUUGCAUUUUGGCAUAGCUUCUCUUUUAUAUAUAAUUUUUUUUUAUUGUUAUUCAUGUCGGGUUAUGUGAAUAACAAAAAUGGAUGGGUUAAAAUGUGUCUUGAAGAACCAACAGGGAAAUGGUUUUUUUUAGUCACAGAAGAUGAAUAUAUGGAAAAUAAAAGAGGAUGGCCAUACACAAAAAUAGAUAAUUCAGUUCAUUACUUUUAUUUAUUAGAAAUAGCAUUUUGGUCAUCAUGCCUUUUUUAUUUAAAAUAUGAAAUAAGAAGAAAAGAUUUUUAUGUUUUUAUUAUGCAUCAUUUAUCGACAAUUCUGCUAUUAGUUUAUUCACAUUUUUUUAAUUUUUGGAGAUUGGGGUUAUUAGUUCUUUUUGUACACGAUAUUGUUGAUGUAGCACUAUAUAUUUCCAAAAGUUUGAAUUAUUCAAAUCCUAGAUAUCAGAAAUCACUGACUAUGUUUUAUAUUUUUUUUGUUUUGUCUUAUUUCUUUUUCCGCAUCAUUAUAUUCUUUUUUUAUAUUGUUAUACCCGUGAGUAAUUUAGAGAAUAUAAAAUCUUACACCGAUGGUUUUAUAACAUCAUAUAUGGAUGUGCCCGCUGGUAUAGUUCCCGUUGUACUUUUAUGGAUGCUCAUGUUCAUGCAUUUUUACUGGUUUUUCCUUAUUCUGAAGAUGACUCGAAUAUUUAUCAACAAAACAUUGAAAAAUGAAGAGCUCAUUGAUAUUAGGAGUGAGGAUGAAAGAGAUGAUCCAAUCGUUAAGACUACCCCAAAAAAGGGAAAAUAA